GUGUGUGUCAACAAACAAAAAGUGCCAUAAACACGGAAACCCUUAGAAGUUGCCGCCCUUUUUGGUAUUUACCGGAAACUGGCUCAUUUCGCUUCGCAUCACUGCACUGCACUUCUUACACUCCACUCCACUCUAUUCCUUUGCUACUCUCACAAGUAGCAGCAGCUUUGUCCUUUUGCUGAGCACGAAAAAAGAGAAAAUUUGCAAAAAUUCCAAAACUCUGUUAAAUUAGCGCCAAAAUUGGGUGCCUUCGAAUGGAUACAAAUUCAGUGAGUCCAUUGCCAGAUGCCCCUUUAGCCAUGAUGGAAAACGAGAAGACACCACCAGGAACACCCUCAGCUAUUGAUAUGCCACCACCACCAGAUGAGAAACGCUAUGAAGAGGAUCCCGAAAAUGCCUGGAACUGUGGCUCCUGGUUCGAAUACUUACUCAUAGUCAUUUUGUCCACCAUUUUAUUGGUGGGUGUAUUGGUGCUCACUCUCUUCUGGAUUAUCUUCUAUCGCGGAGGCUUUGCUUGGUCCGAGAAUCCCAAACUGCAGUUUAACUUACAUCCCGUUUUAAUGGUGGCUGGUUUCAUAACAUUCUCAGGAUUUUCAAUUCUUUUGUAUCGCCUUUGCCGUUGCUUAAAACACAUCUAUGUGAAAUUGGUUCACAUGCUGUUCCAUGCAUGUGCCAUUCCAUGCAUUGCCUUGGGAUUCUUGGCCGUCUUCGAUUCACACAAUCUGGACGAGCCGCCAAAACAAAACUUCUACAGUCUGCACACAUGGCUGGGCUUUGUCACAAUGGGCAUGUUUGUAAUGCAAUUUGUGGUUGGUUUCUUUAGCUUUUUGAUAUUAUUAUGCUGUGAGAAUCGCACCUACAAUUGUCGUGCCACCAUGGUGCCAAUACAUGCCAGCUUUGGUUUGGCCAAUUUCAUGUUGGCCAUUGCCACCUGCGUCACUGGUCUGAUUGAGAAGGAGCGUCAAAUGAUCAGCGCCGAAACGGAAGAAACAGCAUUGAGCACUCGCAGCUCUGAAAUCGAACACUACAUCAUGAAUUCCAUGGGCAUUGUUUUGGUGGCGAUAGGCAUCAUAGUCUCUGUGGCCGUUCGGCGUUCCAAUGCUCCUGCCACUGCCAAAGUUUAUGUAACUGAGCGAAUUUAAGUUCGCAAGUAGCACAAAAGAAAAAGACAUGAAGACCCACCCUAAGAAGUGAUUCCUUCCUUGAGCCCUUAAUUCCCUGAAACAAGUGUAUAAGUUCUUAUCAAUGAAAAUAUGCUACUUCUAAACCCUAAACACUCUCCCUCUAACCUUAGUUUUCUCACAAUGAAACGCCAUUAUUUUCCUUUCCCCCCCACUUUUUAGCAACAAAAAUUAAAUAUUUUUGUUUUUUUUUCAGUUUUUAACAAUUUUAACAGUUUUUUUUUUAAUUGUAUGUAUUUUAAACUUAUUGUAGUAUUGUCCUUAUAUGAAUAUAAACCCUGUUUAAAUUAUUAUUGAAAUAAAAAGAAAAGAAAAUAAAAACCCCAUUGAAAAAAAAAUCUCAAAAAAAUCUAAACAUUCAACUCAACUUAAUCUCCUCCCUUACACAUCAUCAUAUCGACGAAAGAAACGAAGUAAAAAUAAAAAAAAGUUAUAAAAAAAACCACAAAAAUUAUGCCAAAAUCUGAAUCAUCUUCAAAGUAAAUCAAAUCAUCAAUCAAUCAUUCAUACAUAGAGCAAAUAUACAUACUUACAUUAUAUAAAAACCAAAAAAAAACAAAAACAAAACAAACAAACAUCUAUGAAAAAUAUCUUUUCCAUUACUCAUAACGCUGUGUGUGCAAAAAAGUUGUAUUAAAAUUUUCGAAAACAAAGAUUAAAUCAAUUUUCCUGUACCAGUUUUUUAAAGAAAUUUACCGACUGGCCAAUCAAUUACAAACAUGUGUGAGUUCCUGGCAAGUCUUGUAUUCCUGGUGAACAUCCUAACGUCAGCCAUGAAAAUAACGAUAGAGCAAUACAAGGCUACCCACAUUCCGACGAUGUUCAAGAGAAGCAAUAGAGUUGGAUACCCUACUGUCCUCAAUCAACACCAUCGCUCUCCGUUGAACCCGGUCAAGUAGCUCCAAGGAUGAUUUUGCAGCUCCUGCCCAUAUAUGAGAGUUAUAUUCCAUCCUCGGCCUGAUGUAGGUAGUAUAGAUAUUGAGAAGAUCAGAAGAGGUGAAAUAUUUCUUGUACCGCCUUAGAAAGCCCAAACACUUGAAUGCUUCUUUCGACACUUCGAAUACGUGUUUUGACCAACGGACAUCACAUUGUAUCUUCAUGCCCAGAACAUCAAGAGCAUCUGACUGUCCAAUACCUAUAACGUCGAUAGAUACCGACGAUUGAAGUUGGUCAGUGAAUCGCUUGUGAGACAAGCACUGCGUCUUCUGUGCGUUAAAGUCUACUCUGUUCCUUCUACCUCACUCGAAAAUGGCCAACAAAUCCUGAAUGAGCAUCUCAUCCAUAAUGCGCCUCCUGUCCACAAUUUCUUGAGAACUGGGCCUAUGGUCGAAUGAAUAUGAAUGACACAGAUUACUGAUUACAGAUCUGACCCCAUAGAUCGUCAAUGAAAACAAGAAAAAGGGAAGGGAAAAGGACAGAUCCUUGUGGCAUACCUGCGGUCAAUGUAUACUCAUCUGAUGAGAACCCAUCUACAACAAUUCGUAUAGUGCGAUCUCUAAGAAAGCUCGAUAUAAAUCGAACGAAGUUAUUACCGACUCCAAAAGCGACAAGCUUUAAUAAAAGUGCACCGUGCCAGACCCUAUCAAAUGCCUUGGAGAUAUCCAGAGCCACGACCUUACUCUCACCAAACGGGUGGAUAGAGCGACUUCAUCGUUCCGACAAAAAUGCCAUUCCUGCGGAAUCCAUACUGUCUGUCGCUAAGAAGGCCAUUGGACUCUAAGUAUCUGACUAGAUGAUGGUUAACCAAACUCUCCAUAACCUUGGAGAGCGCGGAGCAUAUCACAAUUGGCCGGUAUUUCGCAGGGUUGUUCGCCCCAUUCAAUGGACUCUAGUCCUGGACAAUCAGCGGUAUUAAGUACCGACUAUUGCCUUAAUACUGACUGCCUGUGGCACUCGAUAUGACACGGCAAGUUAUUGGCGCCUUUAAUAACCAAUGUCUAUAAUGGCUAUUCGAACGCCACGAAUGGACCGGAAUUAGCUUGCUCACCUAUGGAGCUCGACUAGGACCACAUAAACAGAUGUAGUGACAAUAACAAUAACAAUUGAGGUCGAGUGUGAGAAUAGAAUAUUGACUAAAAUCUAAUAUUUCAUGCUACGCGGCAGAAUCAAAGCUAGUAGAUUUAACAUCACUAGGUGCCUUUAUUGGGAACCCAUAGACCGAGUUCUGUUUACUCUUCCUGAUCAUAGUAGGAAUGCGUCAGGUGGUACGGUUUUAAUGCGAGAUUGUCGAGUGUGAAUAUAUUCUCGGAUAGUAAACGGCCCUGAGGGCCUUAAAAAUCAAGACGGUAGGGCCAAGAACUAUCCUAGAGUGUAUGGAAUGGAAGCCUUCUCUGAACAUGACAUUAUUGUAGUAUUUUAAAAAAUAUUACAAACCAGCACCAUUAGUCUAAGAUAGUGCAAUGUCAACGCCAGAACGUCGAGGGUGAACAUUUUUAUGGACAGUUAAUUUUUCAAUAGGAAAAAACAACCAAUAUGGUGAAGACACGCACUAUCUUGCAGUUCUUGACUUCCCUGAGUAUGACAAAAUCCGCAUCGAUUUAGUGCUGGGCCAUAGUGGUGUAAAGGGGAAUAAAAGGGUAGACGUCUUAACUGUAAAAGCUUGAGGACUGCUGUCAAUAAACUUGGUGAACGUGAAACCUUUUAAGACAGUCCAAGUUAAGUGCCGUGGUCGACGUAUGGUGGAACCCUCUUAAUACGAUUAUGGAAUCAUCCCUUGUAUCGAUUGAUAUUUCAUGAUUUAGGACGCACCGAAAGCUAAUGACUGGCUUAGAUAUAUGUCCAUAGCGGCAUAAGAAGGCUUAAAGUUCGCACGCCUUUAAACCAGCACCAAAAG